AUGACGCCCUCCAAAGCACAGCAAACGUUCCCAGGGAUAGGAGAGCGGCCACGGCAACUUCUGCUUCAAGUGAAGCCUCUAGCUCAGCUCCAUGAUCCAACACCUUUUCUCCUGAACAAGCACACUUUGUUCCUUCUCUGCACUGACCUUGGAACAUCAUUUCUCAUGGCAGAACUUCAGCUCCUACGCUCGUUCUUGAAGUCACCAUCCUAUACCUGUUUCUCUGCAGCUUCUCGGACCACUGUGUGGAAGUUGAUUUCUGGGACCUUGGGAAUAAUAUGCCUUUCGUUGAUGGCUACCUUGGGAAUUUUGUUGAAAAAUUUAUUGACUCCAGCAAGUUUUCAGUCAACAUCCUCUCCAGAACCCAUCACACAACUCCAAAAUGGUUCUGACUGCUGUUCUUGCCAAGAAAAGUGGAUUGGGUACCAAUGCAACUGUUACUUCAUUUCUAGUGAAAUAAAAACUUGGGAAGAAAGUAGGCAUUUCUGUGCUUCUCAGAAUUCCAGUCUACUUCAGCUUCAAAAAAGAAAUGAACUGCAGUUUUUCAUGAACUCCAGUCAAAACUUUUAUUGGAUUGGACUCUCUUAUAGUAAAGAAUACAAAGCUUGGUUGUGGGAGGAUGGCUCAGCUCCCUCCCUGGAUCUAUUUUUAUCACCUCAAACUUUAAAUCCAGAAAACUGCAUACAGUAUAGUCCAAGCAAUAAUGUUUGGGAUGGACCCUGUGGAAGCAGAAGUUAUUACAUUUGUAAGCAAAAAUCAUUACAACUGUAA